CUUUUCCACAGGAGUAACUGCUCUCAGAAGAGACCUUUGAAUCCUUGGCUAAAGAAAUGGGUAAAAAAGUAAAGAAGAAAGUAGAGCCUCCACCCAAGGAUGUGUUUGAUCCUUUAUUGAUUGAAAGCAAAACAGCAGCAACGGUUGUGCUAAUGCUUAGUUCUCCUGAAGAGGAAGUUUUGGCCAAAGCUUGUGAUGCUCUGUAUAAAUUUGCAUCAAAAGGUGAUGAAAACAAAGUGACACUUCUUGGUCUUGGAGCAGUGGAACAUCUGUAUAAACUCAUCUCACAUGAAGAUCCAAUUGUACGCAGGAAUGCCAUCAUGGUAUUUGGCAUCAUGGCUUCUAAUCAUGAUGUCAGGAAGUUACUGAGGGAACUGGAUGUCACAAAUUCACUUAUUUCACAGCUGACGCCAGAAGAAGAUGUAGUUAUCCAUGAAUUUGCUACUCUCUGUCUAGCACAUAUGGCUGUUGAAUAUACUAGUAAAGUACAAAUAUUUGAGCAAGGUGGAUUAGAACCACUUAUCAGACUGCUAGGUAGCCCUGAUCCUGAUGUUAAGAAGAAUUCAGUUGAAUGUAUCUACCUCCUGGUGCAGGAUUUUCAAAGCCGUGCUGCAGUUCGUGCACUGAAUGUAAUUUCACCCUUGCUGGAACUACUGAAAUCUGAAUACCCAGUUAUUCAGUUGUUAGCCCUUAAAACCUUAGAAGUAAUUAGCAAAGACAGAGAAACCAGGAUAAUACUGGGAGAAAGUAAAGGAUUAGAUUGUCUUCUGAAGAUACUGGAAACCAAUGAAUUCAGUGAUCUACAUGUGGAAGCUCUUGCCGUGUUGGCAAAUUGCCUCGAAGAUGUGCAUACUCUGCAACUGAUUCAUCAGACAGGAGGCCUUAAAAAGCUACUUUCAUUUGUAGGAGUCUCUACUGUUCCAAGUAUUCAGAAGAAUGCAGCAAAGGCAAUUACCAGAGCAGCUUAUGACUCUGAAAAUAGAAAAAUCUUAAACCAGGAAGAGGUUGAAAAGUGUCUCAUAAACCUUUUGGAAAUUGAUAAUGAUGGAGUUAAAGUUGCUGCUUCCCAAGCAAUUUCUGCCAUGUGUGAGAAUUUAGCUAGCAAACGUGCAUUUGGACUCCAGGGGAUUCCCCAGCUAGUACAGUUGCUAAGCAGUGACAAUGAAGAGGUAAAAGAAGCUGCAGUGACAGCAUUAGCUAAUUUGACAGCAGCCAGUCCUAGUAAUGCAAGUGCUGUUGCUGAGGCUGAAGGAAUUGAGCCAUUAGUAAAUACCUUGAAUUCUCAGAGAGAUGGAGCCAUUGCUAAUGCUGCCACAGUGCUAACAAAUCUGGCCAUGCAACAGCCAUUCCGUGUAAAUAUCCAAAGGUGUGGUAUUAUGAGUGUGCUUGAAGAACCAUUGCGCUCGACCAACAGCCAAGUACAAAGCAAAGCAGCAUUUGCUGUGGCUACCUUUGGUUGUGAUGCUGAUGCAAGAACUGAGUUGAGAAAUGCAGGUGGACUGGGACCACUCGUUGAAUUACUGCGUUCUAAGAAUGAAGAAGUCAGAAGAAAUGCCUGUUGGGCUGUUAUGGUCUGUGCAAGCGAUGAACUAACUGCCUUUGAACUAUGCAGGCUAGGUGCUUUAGACAUCCUAGAAGAAAUUAAUCUAUCAACAGGGUGCAAAAAUAACUUUAGUGAAGCUGCUCUAGAAAAGCUACUUGAUAACAAUCUUUCCCAAAAAUACAGCCAGAUGGGAUAUUUAUCAUCAAGUAAUAUCAUUACUGAUGGAUUCUAUGAUUGUGGUCAGAUAAAGCCUGGAGUGAAAUUUUUAUCUUUGGAGGAAUUGAGUAUGCAAAAGCUUACUGACCAUCGGGCCAUAAUCUUCAUUAAUGCUAAACCACAAGAAGAUCUUACAGUAGAGAAGGAGGCACAAGAUUCAUUUUAUGAACAGACUAUCUUGUCACCUUCUAUUUCAAGAAAAAGCAAUAGAGAAAAAGCAAGUAGUUCAAUGGCAUCUCCAGUGGAGGAAAAGCAGGAGUUAUCUGGACAAUGGUGUUCGCUCAGCAAAAGCAGCACUAGUGAAAAAGGCUUAAGAAAAGGGAAGGGGAAAAAAGAAGAAGAAAAGUCAAAAGAAGUUACUCAGAUUACAUCUAAAGUCCAGGAUGAAAUAAAUCUAGAAAAUUCACAUUGGCUACCACCACCUGACUUGAUUUUACUGGAUUACAUUAACGACGCUUCCAAAACAAUUCUACCUCUAAUGACUACCCGGGAACAGGUUAUGGCUCUUGCACAGUUUGUUGCAGACAAGAUGGGUGGCCCAAUUGAAAGAGACAAAUUACACGACUUCAGCUGGGAACUUCACAUAAGUGAAAUAGAAUUUGAACUGAAAUGCAACAUUGUGCCUAUUGGGAAAGUAAAAAAAGGGACAUUCUACCACAGGGCUUUACUUUUCAAGGUGAUAGCAGACAGAAUUGGCAUUGGCUGUAGUUUAGUUCGUGGCAAGUAUAACAGAGCUUGGAAUGAAGUUAAAUUGGUUGAUGCCUCUCCUCAAGGAAUAGCUGGACUUCUGCUUCCUCCUCAAGAGUAUAUUGUAGAUCUAAUGUUUGAGCCAGGCUAUUUGAUAAAACAGGGAAGUGCAGAGGCAGAUCAGUACAAACAUAUUUAAUCAUCUUGACAAAUUUCACCGAAAUAACUAUCUUAAAGGUGUUUGCAGUGCUUAUAUUUAGGAAACGUAAGGAGUUUCAGGUCCAGCUAUGAAAAAGCAGCAUAUUUAGUAUGGUGUCCUCAAUGUUUAAUUAAACAUAUUUUAGGUAUCCAACUUCAAAGCUUAGAAAUUUUGAUAAUUUUUUUGUAGUAUUUUAAGACUAAACUGUAAA